AUGCAAUCAAGUGAAGAAUACGUGAAGUUCUUAGGGAAAGGUAUCUACGGUUCCGUCGAUCUCGUCAAGUGCAGAAAAAGCGACGGCUCCUUGUUUCACGCCGCCGUAAAAACCUCCGACGUCGAUGAGCGCGACACUCUCCAAAAAGAGUUUCGGAUUCUGUCCGAGCUUAAAGGAUGUCCGAGGAUUGUCCAGUGCUUUGGCGACGAUCUGGAAGAGGGUGUUGACGAGGAGGGAAACAAAGUCUACAAGCUGCGUCUCGAGUACGCAUCUCAAGGAAGCUUAAGAGCGUUCAUGGACAUGUUCCAAAACGGAAUAUUACCAGACUCGAUGAUUAGAGAGUUCACGAGUAUGAUUGUCGAAGGUUUGGUCUCGAUUCACAGCCACGGUUAUGUCCACUGUGAUCUAAAGCCGGACAACAUCCUUGUCUUCCCCUCGAAAGAAUACGAAGAUUUGUACAAUCUGAAGAUUUCUGAUUUUGGGAUCUGCGUAAAAGACGGAGAAGUUCCAGAUCACUGGAACGCUGAAUAUCCUUUUGUUGGAACGGCUAACUACAUGCCGCCGGAGUCUUUCCACGACGGCGCCGCCAAGAAAGCCCUAGAUAUGUGGUCGUUAGGGUGCUUAGUCUUGGAGAUGUAUUCGGGUGAGCAUCCAUGGAAAGGUUUUAAAACUGAAGUUCUCGUUUCUCUUCUCUCCGGUGGUCACGCUCCAAGGAUUCCGGAGUUUGUGCCUUGUGACGCAAGGGAGUUCAUUGAGACGUGUUUUGCAAGAAACCCUAAGGACAGAGGAACAGCGUCUGAUUUACUCAAGCAUCGGUUUUUGCGUGAAGAAGAGAAGAAGACUGAAAAUUUUGAUAUUACAGCAUAUUGCAAAUAUCUGCGUGUGUUUUGUUGCAUACUUCCUCUGUUUCAGAAGCUAAAACUCAAAUAG